GAUCCCAGGAAUAUGAGAGUAUGCUUUAAAGGAGAGGUCGUAUCAUCUAACUGAGGGUUUGUGAUUUGUCACAGGUGCCAUGACAGCAGUGGGAGUGGCCAUUCAGCUUUGAAGCCCGAGGUGGCCAAUGGAGUCCCUGCUGCUUUUGUGCCUGAGCCUGGGCCUCUGAAGAGAGACCUCAGUUCCCAGAGCUCAGAUGGUGAACUGCAUAAGAGACCCUGCUCCUCUGCUGUGAGCUGCUCGAAGGGCACGUGCGCAUGUGGCAUCCGUAUGUCCAGCCGCAAUGCCAUUACCAGUUCCUACACUUCUACUGGAGGCAUCUCUCAGCUCUGGAAGAGGCGUCCCAGUGCCUCACCCUUCUCCAGCCCAGCCUCCUCCUGCUCACAGACACCAGAGUGUCCAGAAAAGAAGAUGAGAGAAGAGGACGGUCCUCAGGGAUCUGGCUCUUCCGCUCCGCCGGUAAACAAGGAGUCCCAGGGAGAACAGACCACCACCUCGGACUUUGGAGCUACGACCCAGACCAACAGCAGCGGUGGCAGCACAACCUCAUCACACGUCACAUCUGGGGUGUCAGCAGGCCCCGCUGCCAGUGGGGACUUUGGGAUGAGCAUGUCAGCCCCCCACAGCAGCUCCACCACUAGUGCAUUCAACUUUGUGGCAGGACGGAGUGGGAGAACUGGUGGCACGGCCCAUUUCUGGGGAUGCCUGAGUGAGAACUCCCUUGGUGCUGGCCAGAGCACACUGUUUGCCAUCUACGUGGCCAGCACACCUCAGAACACGUCUGUGCUUGCAGCCAUCACCUCCGGCUUUGGAGCUGUGACCCAGCACACCAGCUGUGGGACCAGUACAUCCGGGUUUGGCAGCACCAUCUCA